AUGAAAAAUGGAUGUUCACCAGAGUCAUUACUCUUUAUAAUCCUUUGGUUGAGAACAAAACAAAAAGAAUGUGCAAGAUCUAUGGGUUUUGGAAGUCUGUUAAGAAUGAAAGUAAUUGAUAUACCACUAAAGCUAGGAUUUUAUAUUCUUCAAAAUUUUGAUUCUGACAGAAUGGUCAUUGAUGCUGAAGAAAAUGAACUGAAAGUAACAACACAAUCUGUUCAUGACAUGUUGGGGAUUCCAACUAGCGGAACCAUACUUACACAACUGGAUCAAUGGUCUAAAGAUGAUACAUGUUAUGAUGAAUAA